GCCACCCGUGUUAUGGGGUCCUUGAGGUUUACUUCCUGGUCCACGUAGGGGAGAUUUGUUAUUUUUCGAUUUUUGUAGUCGUCAUAAAAUGACAUUUGCCCCUGUGUACCCAAACGACAUUUCGUUCACUGGUGCACCAGUUCAGCCUCGCAGAUAGCACGGUGGCAGGAGACAUUUGGACAUCGUUUAAAACGCAAUCAAAAUGUCCUGGUUUGUGGAGUUUGCCGGCAAAGCCGAAAACUUCCUGAAUCAAGUUGACCAGGGCGCUGCCACCGCCUUGAGCAAAGGUCAGAACAAAACAUCCUCCCUCGCAUCCUACUACGAUGGAGAUGGUGCAGCGGUCCAUCCUGAAUAUAAAGCGGAGACCAGCACAGUUUCUCACUACACGUCGAGCUUCAUCUCUUCAGCAGCGGGCAACAUCAAGAAGGCUGCGUCUGCUCCUGUGAUCACUUUGGCCCACACGCAAGCAUCAAGCAAAACUUCCAAGGCUCCCCACUCUGCCUCCUCCUCCUCCUCUUCCUCUGGCUUUGCAAAGCGUAAAAAGAGUUCGCUUGACGUGGACGAUGAUAUGCUCUUUGACUUUUUGAACAGCUCUGAGCCGCCAGUCAGUAACCGUCGUGAGCCCAGGAGGGAUGCCAGCGUUAAAGUGGCGGUCACAGAGGCUAAAGUCCAGACUCCGACUCCUCCUGCCGCUGACCUAUUGCUCCCAUCCACAUCGCCCUCGACACAUGACGUGUCCCGGGCGUCCAGCCUUGGCUCUCUGCCUUCCAAUAGCAUGAAAGUAUCACAGGAGAACUCAGAAACAGAGCAAAGCCAAGCCAGUCAACACUCAGCUGAGUCUUGCGACUCGGACUUGCCUGCCCCUCAGGAAUCCGGCCGACGGGAGUCUUGCGGUCCCCCAGAGGAGCCCCAGGGCCAGGUUUUGUCCAGCCUGCGUCUGGAGAACCAGCUCCUACGUAGUGAGGUGGCCUCCCUCAACCAGGAGAUGGCCUCGGUCAUCCAGCGAUCAAAGGAAAUGCAAGAAGAACUGAGCAACGCCCGGCUGCGUGUCGACAAACGUAACGCCGAGCAGUCUCAGAGCGACCGGGCGCUGCGGGGCCUGCGCUCGCAAGUGGACGACCUAAACGAGGCGCUGGCCGCCAAGGACGGACAGCUUGCCGUGCUCAAGGUCCGAUUGGAAGAGGCCGACCAGCUGCUAAGGAGCCGCAGCGUGGCGCUGGAGGAGGCGCAGAAGGAGAAGUCCAGGAUCUUAGAGGACCACACGGAAGGCAGCAGCAUGCACUCCCAGGCUCUGGAGAGCAUGCACGACAGGCUGCGAGAGGCCGAGCAAGCCAUCAGGAGGGAAGAGGACAACUUUCGACAAAUGCAGAGUGAAUAUGUCGGCCGUCAGUCGCGGUUGGAGUCCGAGCGGCAGAGCCUGGCCGAGGCCUUGACAGCGGCGGAGAAGCGCACUGCCGAGGAGAAGCUCCGCGCGGACAACCUCCAACAGCAGUUGCGCAGCGCCAAGAGUGCUGCUGAGGCCGCCAAGCACGAGCUGCAGGACUACAAGCAGAAGGCCACACGCAUCCUACAAUCCAAAGAGAAACUGAUCAGCAGCCUGAAGGAGGGCUCCGGUUUGGACUCCCUGGACGGCAGCGGCGUGACAACGCUGGAAAUAGAAGAGCUGCGCCACGAGAAGGAACUGCAGAAGGAGGAGAUCCAGAAGCUGCAAGGCCAAAUGCACUCGCUCCGGACUGAAUUACAGGAUUUGGAGAGCCAGUCCCUUGCAGAGGCGGACACGUGGCGGCAACAGACGGCGCAGUUUCAAGAGGAGCAGGCAGCACUGAACCGCGUCAAGCAGGAGCUGGAAGCUGAGGUGGAGCGGCACAAGCAGGAGCUGCAAUAUGUGGAGGAAGAGCAGAACCGGGCCAAAAGCACCCUGCAGAGCCGAGUCAAAGACAGAGAAGAUGAAAUUCAGAAGCUCAGGAAUCAGUUGACCAACAAGACUCUGAGCAGCAGCAGUCAAACGGAGCUGGAGAACCGCCUGCAUCAGCUGACUGAAACGCUGAUCCAGAAGCAGACCAUGCUGGAGGCUCUGGGCACAGAGAAAAGCUCACUGGUCUUCCAGCUGGAGCGCCUGGAGCAGCAACUCAAGAACACCCAGGGGGGUCCGGGCACCGGGGGCCCCGCCAUCAACAUGAGCGGCGUCGAGGGGCCGGGGGCCAGACAAAGGAACAUCCCGGUGCUUUUCAACAAUGAACAUAAUCCCGGUGUGUAUGGGAGAGUGCAAAAGGCAGCCAGCACCAUUGACCGCUUCAGCAUCAGACUGGGGAUCUUCUUGAGACGCUACCCCAUGGCUAGGGUUUUUGUCAUCUUGUACAUGGCGAUGCUGCACCUAUGGGUGAUGAUUGUGCUCCUGACUUAUUCUCCAGAAAUACAUCAGAGCCAUCCAGAUGGAAGGUAGUUGAAAAUGUCACCGGCAGGCGAAC